ACUUUUUCUCUUUUGGCGCCAUUUCUUCUCUCACUUCCAAGCCCUAGCUUUUACUCCGAUGUCCUAAAUCGAUUAGAACCUAGGGUUUCAGAAUUCAGAUAGACCUCAAAAGCAUCAGAAAGUAGCGCGGCAACAUUCGACAAUGGCCGAGCCUCGCGCAAAGCGCCCCAAGAUUACAAGGGGUGAAGAUGACUAUAUGCCGGGAAGUAUAACUGAGAUUGAGCUCCAUAAUUUUAUGACCUUUGAUGACUUAAAAUGCAAACCGGGGUCUCGUUUAAACCUUGUAAUUGGACCAAAUGGUUCUGGAAAGAGCUCUCUCGUGUGUGCAAUAGCACUGGGUCUGGGUGGUGAGCCUCAGUUACUUGGGAGGGCGACCAGUGUUGGAGCAUAUGUGAAGCGUGGGGAGGCAUCCGGUUAUAUUAAAAUUACCUUGAGAGGGAAUUCUAAAGAGGAGGAUAUUGUUAUUAUACGUAAGAUUGAUACACGUAACAAAUCUGAAUGGUUAUACAAUGGAAAAGUGGUGCCUAAAAAAGAUGUAGCUGAAAUCAUUCAAAGGUUUAAUAUCCAAGUCAACAAUUUAACUCAAUUUUUACCACAAGACCGUGUCUGUGAGUUUGCCAAAUUAACUCCAGUACAACUUCUAGAAGAGACUGAAAAGGCUGUAGGUGAUCCUCAACUGCCAAUCCAACAUCGUGCGCUUAUUGAGCAAAGCAAGAAAUGGAAGAGAAUAGAGCAAGCUGUAGAAAAAAAUGGAGAAACUUUGAAUCAGAUGAAGGCACUCAAUGCUGAACAAGAGAAAGAUGUUGAGCGUGUCCGCCAAAGAGAAGAACUUCUAGCAAAGGCUGAGACCAUGAGAAAGAAAUUGCCAUGGCUAAAGUAUGACAUGAAGAAGGCCGAAUACAUGGAAGCUAUGAAGCAGGAAAAGGAUGCAACUAAGAAGUUGGAUAAAGCUGCAAGAACUCUAAAUGAUCUUAGAGAACCUAUUGAGAAACAAAAGCAAGAUAGAGUGACAUUGGAAUCUAAGAGUAAAAAAGUAGGCAAAAUGAUUACUGAGAAUGCAAACAAACGCAUGAAAAUUUUGGAGAAAGAAAACCAUUUGGGGGUGCUAGUACAAGAAAAAUACAAAGAAAUGGAAGACUUGAGGAAGCAAGAAGAAUCUCGUCAACAAAGAAUUUUAAAAGCAAAAGAGGAUCUAGCUGCUGCUGAGCUAGAACUUGAAAAUCUGACUCCUUAUGAACCUCCUACGGAUGAAAUUAUGAGAUUACGUGCUCAAAUCGUGGAGUUAGAAGUUUCUGCAAAUGAAAAGAGGAAUCAGAAAUCAGAGAAGGAAAAACUUUUAAAUCAAAAGAAUCUUCACCUAAUCAACUGCUCGGACAAGCUGAAGGAGAUGGAAAAUAAAAAUAGUAAACUCUUACGGACUCUACGAAAUUCAGGAGCAGAUAAGAUAUUUGAUGCUUAUAAUUGGCUGCAAGAACACCGUCAUGAAUUCAAUAAGGAGGUAUAUGGCCCAGUGUUGCUUGAGGUCAAUGUGUCAGAUCGGCUUCACGCUGACUACUUAGAUGGUCAUGUUCCAUAUUACAUCUGGAAGUCUUUCAUAACUCAAGAUUCUCGUGAUCGUGACUUUUUGGUAAAAAAUCUGAAGCCAUUUGAUGUUCCGGUUUUAAAUUAUGUGGGACAUGGAGGUUGUCAGACAGAAGCCUUUCAAAUUUCUGAGGAGAUGAGUGCACUGGGCAUUUAUUCACGGCUUGACCAAGUUUUUGGUGCUCCUACUGCUGUGAAGGAGGUUUUGACUAGCCAAUUCGGUUUGGAUAGAUCGUAUAUUGGGUCCAAGGAAACUGAUCAGAAGGCUGAUAAGGUUUCAAAGUUGGGGAUAUUAGAUUUUUGGACUCCAGAGAAUCACUAUCGGUGGUCAGUAUCUAGAUACGGUGGUCAUGUUUCUGGAAGCGUAGAACCAGUGAAACGUUCUCAACUAUUUUUGUGUGGUUUGGAGACUGGGGAAGUUGAGUCACUGAAAUCCAAAAGAAUGGAGCUUCAAGAAUAUGUUACUGCUUUACAGGAAAGCAUUAGAUCGCUUCAGAUUGAAGAAAGACAAGCAGAAGAGGAAGCAGCUAAACUUCAGAAACAGAGGGAGGGGAUUAUCAGAAUUGUACAGGAUGAGAAGAAAAAACGGCGUGAAAUGGAAAACCGUAUUGUACAAAGGAGAAGGAAAUUAGAAUCUAUGGAGAAAGAGGAUGACCUGGAUACUGUUAUGGCAAAGCUCAAUGAACAAGCUGCAAAACAUAACAUUGACCGAUUCCAUUCUGUGAUGGAAAUUAAGUGUCUGCUUGCUGAGGCUGUUUCUUUAAAACAGAGUUUUGCUGAAAAACACAUGAGGGUCAUUGAGUUUGAUGCAAAGAUUAAAGAAAUGGAGGUCAAUAUCAAGCAGCAUGACAAAGUUGCUCUUCAAGCAGCCUUGCAUCUUGAGGAGUGUAAGAAGGCAGUAGAGGAUUUCCGACAGCAACUUGAAGUUGCCAAGAAGAAUGCAGAAUUAAUUGCCAGGAUCACUCCAGAACUAGAGAAGGCAUUUGUUGAGAUGCCCACUACAAUUGAAGAACUGGAGGCUGCUAUACAGGAAAAUAUUUCUCAAGCUAAUUCUAUUCUUUUCCUAAAUCACAAUAUACUGAAAGAAUAUGAAGACCGCCAGCGCCAGAUAGAAGAUAAGGCAAAAAAGUUGGAAGCAGAUAAAGCAGAGCUUAGGGGAUGUAUAGCUGAAGUAGAUAAUCUUAAGGAAACUUGGCUUCCAACAUUAAGAAACCUUGUUGCUCAGAUAAAUGAGACUUUCAGUUGGAACUUCCAAGAAAUGGCUGUUGCAGGGGAAGUUUCAUUGGAUGAGCAUGAAAUGGACUUCGAUCAAUUUGGGAUACUUAUAAAAGUAAAAUUCAGACAAGCAGGGCAGCUACAAGUUCUCAGUGCCCACCAUCAAUCUGGAGGGGAGCGUUCAGUUUCAACUAUACUUUAUCUUGUUUCUCUUCAAGACCUUACAAAUUGCCCAUUUAGGGUGGUUGAUGAGAUAAAUCAAGGGAUGGAUCCUAUAAAUGAGAGAAAGAUGUUCCAGCAAUUAGUAAGAGCAGCAUCCCAACCAAAUACACCACAAUGCUUCUUGCUUACCCCAAAGUUGCUACCAGAUCUGGAUUACAGUGAAGCAUGCAGCAUUUUGAACAUAAUGAAUGGCCCCUGGAUCAAGCAGCCAGCAAAAGUCUGGAGCCAGGGUGAUUGCUGGGGAAAUGUCAUAGGCUUAGUAGGAAAAAGCCAAUGCUGAAAAUAACAAUUACCUUUUGAAAUGGGGAGCAAUCAGGAAUUUUUUCGAAAAUGAUCAACCCUGUGUAAAUUGUUUCUACCCUUUUGUACAGAUGAUUUUCACAAAUGCCUUAUCGUGGUUGCUCGGAGGAGGCUCUAUGGCUGUUCAUAGGGAGUGCCUUGUAUUUGUGCAGUAAGGAUUAGAUUUAGGCAUAAGCAAAACCAAAAAAGCAUUAUAUUUUGGAGGCGUGAUGGUUCGUUUAUGCUUCUAUCGAUGGUCAAUGAAUAUCCAGUAUCUUGUUUGUGUAACAUAAAUAAACGUUUGAUAUUUCAAGCCUCAUGAUGUUUCCAUUUCAUUACUUCUACAUAACUUGCAUGGUUAUCCGUUGGAGUAACAAC